AUGGCUGUGGACGAGCUUGUGGAAUCUAUUGAGCUUCAUAAUAGCAAACCCUAUUGGCAGCAUCUAUAUGUAUCUCCCUUCGUAGGUUUACUAAGCGUUUGGGUCUAUAUUUGGAUCACAGUGUACGGGUUUGAAGAAUAUUAUGAACUUGGAUGCAUAGGAAUAGCUAUAGUCUGUCUGUUACAAGCUUUGGUGUUCCUAUUCUGCCAUUGGUUUGUCUCUGUCAACUGUUUUUUCACCUGUUCGUAUCAACCUGAUCCUCUGAAAGCUACUGUAGCGAAAGUGGUUCCUACUCUCAAUAAUGGGUGGGCAGAGCUUGUUCCUUUACGGAGACAAAAGAGGGAUGGUGAGGUCAAAGUGACUUUCGAGUUUCAAAAAGUACAUUACACGUUGAACAAUGAAACACAGCAGUUCGAGGUGAUCAAGCUUGACACUAGGAAAGCGAUGAGACUUUAUCAAACAUCCACGGGCUUGGACGAUCAGGAACUUCGAGAUGUACAAUUCAAAUAUGGAGACAACAAAACUGAAAUGGUCAUUCCGCAAUUCUGGGAGCUCUUCAAGGAGAGAGCUACAGCUCCUUUCUUUGUUUUCCAGGUUUUCUGUGUUGGGCUAUGGUGCUUAGAAGACAUGUGGUACUAUUCUUUGUUCACAUUAGCCAUGUUGGCGACUUUCGAAGCAACCCUUGUUAAAGCUCAGAUGAAAAACAUGCAGGAAAUUCGCAAUAUGGGAAAUAAAAGUUUUCCUAUUAAUGUGUACAGAAACAAAAAAUGGCUGAAAGUUAAAACAGAUGAGUUGGUGCCUGGAGAUAUUGUUUCCAUUGGACGAUCGGCUGAUGAGCAAACCGUUCCAUGCGAUAUGAUUUUACUAAGAGGCCCUUGCAUCGUGGAUGAAUCCAUGUUAACAGGAGAGAGCGUACCCCAAAUGAAAGAGCCUAUAGAAGAUCUGGAAAAAGAGCGUUAUUUUGACUUUGAUUCUGACAACAAGUUACAUGUUAUUUUUGGAGGAACGAAAAUAGUUCAACACACUGCUCCAGCUAAGGGAGAGGGUUUAAAAUCGCCUGAUGGAGGUUGCAUUUGCUAUGUUCUUCGAGUAGGGUUCAACACUAGCCAAGGAAGAUUAUUGAGAACUAUCAUGUUUGGCGUAAAGAGAGUCACUGCCAAUAAUUUCGAAACCUUCUGUUUCAUAAUGUUCCUUCUCAUCUUCGCCAUUGCUGCAUCUGGUUAUCUCUGGGUUAAAGGAUGUGAGGACGAGAAGCGGAACAAAUAUAAAUUGUUUUUGGAAUGUACUCUGAUUCUCACUAGUGUCAUCCCUCCUGAACUUCCAAUCGAACUCUCGUUAGCAGUUAACAAUUCUCUGAUUGCCCUCCAAAAACUUGGAGUGUUUUGUACAGAACCUUUCCGAAUUCCUUUCGCUGGAAAGAUUGAUAUUUGUUGUUUCGAUAAAACAGGAACAUUAACAACUGAUAGUCUGAUUGUUGAAGGAAUAGCUGUUAGUACGGAUCCCGAGAAAGGAAUGAUUAAAUCUGCUUCGGAUGCUUCAUCUGAGGCUAUUCAAGUGUUAGCUAGUUGCCAUAGCUUGGUGAAGUUCGACGAUGGUCUUGUUGGAGACCCACUAGAAAAAGCAUGCCUAGCUUGGUGUGAUUGGUCAGUCACCAAAGCUGAUGCAGUUAUGCCUCCAAAAACCUCCAAGCAGGCCGGGAUGAAAAUAUUCCAUAGAUACCAUUUUUCAUCCGCCAUGAAACGCAUGACAGUAAUUGCUGGUUAUCAAAGCCCCGGUAGUACGGAUUCUCAGAUGAUUGCUUGCGUGAAGGGAGCUCCAGAAACUUUGCGAUCCAUGUUCUCGGAUCUACCGAAGGACUAUGAUGAGCUGUUCACGAAUUUGUCUCGGCAAGGUUCUCGGGUUUUGGCUAUGGGUAUAAGAGAGCUUGGCCCAAUGAAAACAGGAGAAUUACGUGAUAAGAACAGGGAACAUUUUGAAGUUGACUUGAAGUUUGUGGGAUUUGUAGUAAUUUCUUGCCCGCUGAAGCCCGACACAAAAAUCAUGAUAAAAGAAAUCAUUGAAAGUUCCCAUAAGGUUGUCAUCAUAACGGGUGAUAACCCAUUGACAGCUUGUCAUGUUGGAAAAGUACUCAAGUUCACUAGCAAAAAGUUGAAGACCCUUGUACUGGAUGAUCCUGGUAUUGGAGGAACUUGGGAAUGGAAAUCAGUCGAUGAAACAGUCACAGCACCAGUUGUCCCAGGAGAAGGCAAGGAUUUAAAAAAAUUCUUGAAGGAUUACGAGUUCUGCGUAACUGGAUCAGCCUUUGCAUACUUACUAAGUGAAAACAAGAAAUUACUCAAACAGCUACUUCCUCAUAUACGCGUAUAUGCACGUAUGGCUCCGAAACAGAAGGAACGAGUUAUCAACGAGCUGAAAUCACUUGGAUAUGUAACUCUAAUGUGUGGAGAUGGAACAAAUGACGUUGGAGCCCUGAAACAUUCGAAUGUCGGAGUCGCUCUUCUUUCUCAUCCCUAUGACGCAACUAAAGCUGAACAAAAAGAGAAAGAGAAACAAGCUAAGAUUGACGAAGCUCGGAAGCUUAUUCGUGAAGUUCAGUCUGGUGGAGGUCCUGCACCCCCUGGUGUUCCUCAUGGUGUAGCUCGUAGAGGAGAUCCUGUUGCUAACCGAGUUGGAAGACCCGUGCCGCCCUCAAUCUCGAAUGCUCAGAGACGGCUGGAUCAAAUGAUGAAGGAGAUCGAAGAAGAGGAGAAAGCUGCGGUGGUAAAACUUGGAGAUGCCUCUAUCGCCGCCCCCUUCACUUCAAAAUAUACCAGUAUUGCCUCAAUUUGCCAUGUAAUCAAACAAGGAAGAUGUACCUUAGUAACGACUUUGCAAAUGUUCAAAAUUCUAGCUUUGAACGCUUUAGUUUCUGCCUACUCAUUAUCAGUUCUAUAUUUAGAUGGAGUGAAAUUCAGUGAUACCCAAGCCACCAUUCAGGGACUUCUUCUUGCCGCCUGUUUCUUAUUCGUUUCCAGAUCUAAGCCAUUGAAAACUCUCUCAAAACAACGACCAAUGGCCAAUAUUUUCAAUGCUUAUACUCUUCUGACAGUCACUUUACAAUUUGUAGUUCAUUUCGGUUGCCUGCUUUAUAUGGUGCAGGAGUCGAAAUCAUCUGAGAACAUUAAUGAACCUAUCGACCUGGAAGCGAAGUUCACUCCGAACAUUCUCAACACAACUGUCUACAUAAUAUCCAUGGCUUUACAAGUCUGCACUUUUGCUGUUAAUUACAGGGGUCGUCCCUUCAUGGAGUCUUUAUGGGAAAACAAAGCCAUGCUCUACAGCAUCAUGUUUUCCGGCUUCGCAGUUUUUUCUUUAGCUUUUGGAGCUUCUGAUGACAUGAUGACACAAUUUGAACUAGUAAUUUUACCAGAGCAGCUCCGUGACAAGCUGGUGUACUGCGUUUCCUUUGACUUGGUUGCUUGUUUCACUAUUGACAGAGUAUUAAACUUCCUAAUGGGAGAUAUGUUCUAA